GUCACUAUGUUGAACAAUCCCCUUGUCCGGAAAAGGAAGGUGUUAAGGAUGGUCGAAGCCACAGACCAACCACGGACAAUGUCAUCGAAGCGUGUCGGCACGCUUCACGCUGUGGCCCUAACACGCUUUAACAGCAUAUUAUAAGGCCGGAGCAUAACUGGACAAUGCGAACUACUUAUUUCUCUCUCCAGUAUCAUUGCUCCGCCUCCCCCCCUCCUUGCAUUUAACUUCACCAACUUGCUUCAUUUCCAUGAUGACCUCAGAACGACAGCAAACAUCACAAUCGGCGGCGGACUCAACCUUGCUACACUCUCGGACACCGUCUAUAAGUCCAAGCUGCAAUGAUGACAAGUCAGUAAACGGACUCCCUACAUAUGCUGCACCAUCCAUCUUUCCACGCGACUACAACGUGCCAUCAUGCAUCGACCACACCUCACAGUUUUUCGAGAUUCUUACUGCGCCCUAUCGUUCUCCAGCUUGCCUGACCCCUUGGCGGCGUACACAGCCACGGCAAGAAGAUGUGGAGAGGUGUGCAGCAAUGGUAGACUGGGGCGAUACGGACGAGGAUUCUGCAGACUCACCGCCACGAGAGGGGUUUUCUACUUUGCAGAGCGGGUUUUCAUCGCGUGAAAACUUUGCUAAGGACGUGCCGAUAUAUAUACCACAUGGUCCAUGGGCAUGGGCAGCUGGCGAGGACAUUCAACAAACAGAGAUAUUGUUAUCACUACGGCAGGGCUCAAUGUGCUCAGCCUACAUACAAACCGGUAUUAUGGCUGGACGAAAGAUCACUUUUAUCAGCCGACGAUGGAAUCUAGACAAGCAAGCGGAUUGGAUCGGCUUUCGUUCUGAGAUGGCUCUUUACAGCUCAGAACAAUACCUUAAGCCCCUACAAGGCGUCAUUGUUCCUCACAUCAUCGGUGUCCACAUUCUCCCAGGCGCGAUUAGCAUUGCUAUGGAAUUACCCCAUCAGAGUUUUUGGAUGGAGGCCUCUCCAACCAUGCCCGACGUCCUCAAGGAGCGUGCUAUGGAGGGGCUUGAAAUGCUGCAUUCGCGUGGUAUCCUCCACGGAGAUAUCGAGCUUCGUCACGUUCUUAUCGGCGGGGAUGGUGCCGUUACACUCAUCGAUUUCCAGCUCAGCCGAAGCACUAAUCCCGACGAGUCCAUAGGCUUAGAGAAGGCGGAGGAGGAAGAGUUCCGUUUCGAGAAACGCUUACUCGCAUUCAAGCUUGACCUCAAUGGUGCUCGUACGCGUGAAUGCCAGAAGACGGAAGAUUUCGUACAGCGUACUAAGCGAAAUAAACGGAAAGAUGAGCUAUGGAAGCGUCGAACCCAAGGAACUCGCACGGGAUACAUCCCGCCUUAUGAGGAGGAGCCUGAGGACGAAAAAAUAGAACCACCUGUCCACCCUCACGACUUGCAGGACACCUGGAUCAGGGGUUCAGAUGCUUCCCCAGCACGCAUCGUUGUUCCUGGACAGAGCGAAGAAGAUGUGAAGGUUGCUAUUCGGACAUUCCUCGAGUCUCUGGCAGACUCCUGUCCUGACCAGGCUCUUUCCCAAACACCACCUUCGGUUGGGUGCACAGCAGGAUCUAGAGCGGGACCGUCGGCAUCAUCUAUCGCGCCGGAGAGCGCGGUCGGUCUCUCUUCAGGCGCAGUACAGGAAUCAUCAUCACCAUCAUCAUCAUCUCCGAGGCGCAAGCGUUCUAGAGAACCUUCCCCCUCCCCCUCUCUCCACGCUUCUCAUGCUUCGUUCGGAUCUCAACCUUCAAAACGCGUUCGUCAUGAAUCGGAACCUUUACCAUCUGCUAGUGUCUCCAAUAGCUAUCCAAUGCCAGCAACGCCCUGGAUCAAUUCUCGUGACCAUGUACACAUGUGGUAUUCGGAUCUCCCGGAGAAUGUUGAAGUUCCUGUACCUCCCGUCCGUGUCAGACCCCUCUCCCAGACUGCCGCGCGUAUUCGGCAAGAAAACAUUGCACUUUGUCGUGAGGCUGGGCUUCCCCAUGCUGAACUGGUCGAGAAGGGCGAGGUUUCACCCGCAAAUGCGAUCCGUCAUCUUCUUCUAGUCAAGAAACGCAGAGGCAUAGCACGAGGCAAUCUAGUUAGAGAGCGGGAGCGGGACGGGUACUCACCAUACGUCCACCACAUAGAGAAGUCACAUCAGCGCGAGCGCUAUCUCAGCCUGAAGGACCUCAAGAACGCGUACAUCGCGACCUGUGCAAAUGCCCCAAACUUGUCAGGUAUCCCAAUGGCGGCAGGAGAUCGCACAUUUUCUGCGUUGCUCCACAUGAACGAGCAGAAAGAUAUACCAGAAGGACCCAGGAUCUUGCAGCGGGCAGAAUACGAGCACAUCCAGAAUGCCCGCAAACAGGUUGUUGUACUCUUGCCCCAAAGAGCAGUACUGAAGAGAAGAAGAGUCGAUGAUCUCGCUCAGAGCUUCCUGCCUCCGACAAACUCCCCUAAUCCUGCGGUGCCGGUCGCUGAUUCACGAAGCACUAUUCCUCCACCUCGCAAGAAGGCCCGCACCAAGGGUCGAUUGAUCAAACCUACACCCGCUCUUCUACCCCUGUUCCAGGCAUCAGAUCCCGGGUCAUCAAAUACCAGUAAUCAAGUGACGAACGUCGGCCCUUCGCACGGCCAUCAUCUGGCUGGGCAUUGCUCGCAUAUAUGUCCUCCAUCGGGUAUCGAUUUCACUCCACCAUCGUGGCGCGGCCUGUCCCUUUGGAUGGGGUCUUUGAUGAGUUGGUCGCAUUGAAUUAUGUUGGAACAUUUCCUGGCGUUUGCCUUAUCCAUACCCACUUUCGGUUUUCGACUUCUGUGUAUCUGUUGAUAGUAGCAUUCCUCCUUGGCAUGCUUGUCGGAAUCAAUUUUCAACAGCUGUCAAAUUAAUAUGACUUUUCGUGCGAUGAUAGUAUGACGAGUCGAUCCCUGUCAAUCCCCUUAAGAAUG